UACUUGGGCUUUCUCUGUCUUUCUGUUUGUUCCUCUUUCUCUGCACCUACGUAUCCCUUUCCACCUCACUUCAACACUGCUGAGCAAAACCAAGAGUCUUGGUGCUAUCACAGGGAUCCUAUGAUCAAGAGCCAACCAAGACAGUCCACUGGAGCUAUGGGCAGGCCUCAGAGGAACCCCCCUGGGCAGCACAAACACUGUGAGAAAUGUUUCAGCCGGUACUGCCGAGUCCCCAUCGAGCCCACCAUCUCCUGCAUGGUGAUCAACUGCCACUUGCACUGUGGCGCUGCCUUUCACAAGUGCAAAGAGGAAGAACACCAACUCCUAUGUCCCCUCGAGCAGGUAGCAUGCCUCAACUCAGCCUAUGGCUGCCCUUUCUCCAUGGCCCGCUUUAAGCUGGCAAAGCACCUUCAGGUCUGUCCAGCCAGCAUUGUGUGUUGCUCUAUGGAAUGGAAUCGCUGGCCAAAUGUGGACUCAGACACUAUCCUACAUCAGAACAUUAUGAAGGAACCACAUAACGAAGAGUGUCUGGAUACAGCACUAGCCCUCCGAGAUCAGAAGAUUCUUUUUAGGAAUCUGAAGGUGGCUGAGCUGUUUCCUGAGUGGAGAGAAGAUGAUGAAAUGGAAGCGCUAAUGGUUGAAGAUGCACGUUUAGAACAAGGAGCUGUUGGAGGAGCAUUCUGUGGUUCUACAGAAAAUGAUGGCCAAGUGGUAGAGCUGAGCCAACUCGAGCGUGAGGAGUUGGCAAUAGACAAAGAGGGGAUGGACCUGUUAGGUUACAAAACCUGGGAAAACAUUUUUAGCAAGGAACUUUCAGCUUGCAAGGUAACAGGCUCAUCAGAAACCACAGAAAAAAAGGAAUGUGGAAACUCCAAGAAAACAGUGCCAGUUUCUUCUGGAGACAAACCCGAAGAGAAGUCAAUGGAGGCAUCUGCCACGGAGGACCCAAAAGAUGACAAAAAACCUCAUGAAGUCAAUAUACCUGCAGAAAAGACAGGCCUGGCCCCUUGGCAAGAUGGGGUUCUGGAAAGGUUGAAAAAAGAAGUUGAUGUAGGUGGUUAUAACAUGUACCUGGUGCAUCAUGGGAGAAUGCUUAUCCAUUUUGGCCAGUUAGCUGCUUGCACACCCAAAGAAAAAGAUUUUGUCUAUGGGAACUUGGAGCAUCAAGAAGUGAAAACCGUCUGUACCUUUAAAGUGCCUACCAGCUAUUAUGGCAAAAGAGCACGACUUGGAGAUGCCCUGGGACAUAAGAUGCCAAGUGCGAACAAGUCAGUGGAUACUUCAGAGUUGGGAAUAAAUGUGGAAGAACUACCCAAAUCAGAUGUAGUCAGAACUACAUUACUGUGUGCAUUGGAAAAAGAACUGAAAGGUCACGAGAUAUCCGAAGCAAAGAGUAUUGAUGGACUGUUCAUGGAUUUUGGAACACAGACAUACACAUUUCAAGCAGAACCCUUCUCUGCUAGGACAACUCUAGCAGAUGUUCUGGAUGCACAGAACCCCCCAGAACUCCAUGUAGAGCUUUAUACACAAAGUGUGACUAGAAGGCAUAAUAAAAGCAGCUCAAUAUUCACAUUCAUGUGCAAUCACUUCUUCAGGAGGGAUGAGUUUCCUUCACAUUUCAAGAAUGUGCAUGCUGAUAUCCAGUCAUGUCUGGACAGGUGGUUCCAACACCGUUGUCCCCUUGCCUACUUGGGAUGUACUUUUGUUCAGAACAAUUUCCGUCCUCCCGGUCAUAAAGCAAAGGUUAUUUACAGCCAGCCUCUCAAGACAUUUGCUAUUAAACCACUGGUUGACCCUGUUCUUUCUGAAUCAGAGAAAUGCAACUUCAAAAUGAGGAUUCAAGUUGAAGAUAAGUGCUCUCUAAGCAGCCUCCCAGCAGAACUGCUGAAAUACAUUGCCAGCUUCUUAGAUAGCUUCAGCUUGUCUCAGUUGUCCCAAGUGUCCGUGCUAAUGAGGGACAUCUGUGCCACUCUGCUUCAGGAGAGAGGAAUGGUCUUCCUGCUGUGGGAGAGAAAGAGAUAUUCUCAUGGAGGCACUUCAUGGAGAGCUCGUAAAAAGAUUUGGCAAUUUAGCAGCCUGUUCUCGCCUGUUAACAAGUGGCAAUUCAAUGAAGUUCCCUGCAUGUCUGAACAUCUGAAGGCUUGUCCAUUCUAUGAAGUGGAACACAAGAAGGACCCGAUCUGGCUACCCAGCAUGUGUGAAUCUCAAGGGCAGGAUCAAGAGACUUUGGUUUCUGCCUUCAAGCGUAGAUUCUGAGCAGAUAAACACAACUCCACCCAGGUCACUCACUGGAGGAUUGGGUGCAGAUUGUUACGUGGCACUUCAGGAGAAAAGUCCCUUUGGAAUUAUAAAAUCAUCCUUCUGUUAUUUUGCCUGGAAUAUGCUGCAUCUUUUUUCUUGCGUUAUUUUAACCCUCAGCACUUCACUCAGCUGUAGACUUCUGGCACGCUGGUUGCUAAUGUCACCCGCUUUCUAUUUAUUUUUUGUUUCUUGGCCUCUCAGCAUGGCCACUCAGAAAAAGCAAUGAUUAACGUGCAUGCUUUACAUGGAGCCAUUUUGGCAGUCUGGAAGUCAGGGAAACGCUACUGGCCCAACAGUGUCCUUGAAGAAGGGAAGAACAGUUAGAGCACCUAGCUUGGAUAAAUCAGAUGCACAUCAUGGUCAGCAUGCAGAAUCAUCCACAACUAAACACAUGACACAGGGAAGUUCCUGAAUUGUGCCCUUUCUGAGAACAUUUUGCUUCAAUAUUGACAGACAUGGCAAUAGUAAAGGUGUUGGGAUGCACAGGAACAGGAAACCAAGCCCUGGAAUGGUGGCUGUGUCAUAGCUUCAUGAGAUAUAUAAUCUAAGAUUCAAGCAAUGCAUAAAACAGCAGCAAAAUAGCAUCUAAAGAAAAAGGAUGGAGAUUCCAAUUCAGGAAAGCCUCCUGCUGCAGGGCAGCAUUUCAUGAGGGGCACUGGCAGGGCUGUGGGGCAGGGGGCUGCAGGUUGGGAGUGAGGGGCCCCAGCAAGGCUGGGGGGGAGGGCAGGUGGGAGGCUGUGGUUUGGGAGUGAGGGGCAGAGGCAGGGCACAGGCAUAUCACUGCCCCCCAAUCAUAUACCCUGCCCCCCCCGUGUCUUCUUUUUUUGAUCCUGGAAAUAUGGUAACCCUAAUUCAGUAGGGGGCUGUAGGAGAGAGAGUUUAAACUUUCCUAACCAAAAUUUUUCUUCAUAAUUGACUUUAUUUUCCAAAAUCAAAAAUUGGGGGUAAAAAAAAUAUUGACUUUUUGGAGAUUUUUAAAAGUUUUACAGAUGUUUGAUUUAAAACAUAUUAAAAUUUUCACAAACAGUAUCAGAAUUUCUCAUGCACCCAGUUUCAGUAAAAAGUUUACAAAGAGAGAUUUUCUGUAAAUGGAACAUUUCAACAACCAACUCAGUGAUAGUUCUGAUAAAGUUUACUAUAAAAGUUUCCAAUAAAAAAAAUGCAAAAACCUUUAAAAAAACUCCAAACCAUGAAAAAAUGAAAGUAACUUUAACAAAUCUCACAGAUAUUUGUGGGGGAGGGAUUGAUAAGUUGUAGUUUAAAUUUAAACGCUUGCUCAAGUUGUUUCCUGACUUGGGGCCUUGAUUUAUAUAUGAAACUGCUUGCUAGUCUGUGCUUACUUCUUUCUUCAACCUUUGAUGUGGAUUCUUGUACAUAGUUUGGAAUGGAUCAUAUAUGAAAUAGGAUUUAGGGUUUGGGGGUUUUAAUUGGUUUGUUUUUUUAUAAAUAGGUAAUUUAAAAAAACAAACUGUUCGCCAGGGGAAAGUGCCUGCAGGGGAGCAAGAUGCAACUAACAAUGAAUGGACCAGUUACAAUAUUAAUUUCAAUCAGCAUAUGUCAAAUUCCACAAAGCCACUCUAAAUAAAGUUCCCCCCUCGCCCCCCCUCCUGGAACAUGUGUAUAAAUGCCCUUUGAGAGGUGGACUUGGGAACUCAUUUUGAGUCCCUGACCUCCUACCAUCUUGCUUCUUCUUUUGUAAUGCUUACCUGUAAAGAUAAGGUGCUGGAGUCCAACUAGAAAGACGAUGCAACUUCUGCAAAUGUAGUAAUUCAAAAAGGGAUCAGAGAGAAAUGUCUUGACAAAUGUGUACUGGGAUGGCCCUGGCAGGAGACAGAACAUCAGGAAGUCCAGGAAAAAGCACUGUCCCUCUGGACACUUCUGAGUCCCAAAGAAAAUAACAGAUAUAGACUGGAUACAGACACAUUCUGGAAAACCUUGCAGCUGCAGGCACUGUAACAUCAAGAACAGUCAUUUAGGGUGCCUAUACAUAAGCGCCAAGGGUGCUGCGAUGCAUUGGAAUUCCAGCGCAUUGGAGCUACUCUAAUAAAGCACCCCACCCCCCGACCCUCAGACCACAUGUAAAAGUGUCCUUACAGCCAUUAGACAACAGAAUCCAACAGUCUGUGUUAAUCUGAAGAAAUACAUAAUUAAUACAGUGAACUAGUCAGUCUGUCUCUGAAUUAGAAAAGGCUCUAGAUAGUAUGGGGUGGCAGGUUAUGUACAAUAUAAUGGGUAUUGUGGCUCAUAAGAAGCCAGGUGACAGUGGUCUUGAUACUUCUAUCUGAUUUAAGGCUGGAGGAUAUUGUCCAUGUUAACUGUUGGCCAGCACUAGACAACAAUUCACUAUUCAUUUAUAGCAAAGUUUAUUCAGAAGACAAAUGCUGAGUUAGCCUCCUCUUCUGGCUUCUUCCCUUUAGGUGAGUCCAUAAGAGCUUUGCUGAGUUAGUACCUGCCCAGUUUAUCUUAAAUGAAUUCAUCAUAAGCAGAGAUGACCCUAGCAGGGUGCAGGGCCCAGGGCCCAGGGCAAAUCAACCUGUGCAGAGCCCAGAUGCAAAGAAGCCAGCGGUGGUGGCGGGUGAGGGUGGAAGGGUGGUGGUGAGUCGCAGAACACAAAACUGGCGGUGACAUUGUGGCGUCACCAGCACUAGGCAGGCACUGCAGGAGGGGCCGCAGCCACUGCACCUGGCUCUGCAGGGGCCCCCAAAGCACAGGGCCCAGGGCGGUAGCCCAAUUUGCACCCCCCCCGAGACAGCCCUAAUCAGAAGUACAAUUUAAAGAUGGACACUGAUAGGUUUGGUUACAAGCAUCAGUGUUUCUGUUAUUUUUGUAAAAUAACCUUUCUGCUACAGAGAACCACUGGUUAUAACACUGGAUCCAAACACUCUCUGACACUAAGGAAGCACGGAUCCAUGUCUCAUACUUGGAACUUCAUGACCUGGGCAAACCCUUGCGACCUAUGUUGCUUCUGAAGAGUAUGAAUCUCAUUUUCACAUUCUGUUCUGGGUCUUGACUGACCAACUAUGAAGUGUCUGCUCAUUGGCAGAAUGUGAGCUGGCACGCAUGAAAGAGAAAAAUGGUAUUUGGGGGAGACAAUGGAUGGAAGUCAGGAUAGUGUAAGGAUGGGUAGACCAGGGAAGAAGAGUAGAGGGGAGCAAAGGAAAGUGCUUGGGUGAGAGAGAGAGAGAAAGAAAGAGAGAGAUAGAGAUGGGAUAGGGAGAAACAGGUCAAGGUCCAGGCAGUAAGUAAUUAAGGUGGGAUGGCCAGGGCAGCCACCCUACGUCCUAUUGGUAGUAGAGAGCCGAAAAAUAGCAACUGCCACCAUAGCUGCACAAUCAUACUUGUCGCACAGCGGCAGCUAGAACUUGCUGUUGCCUCAUGUGCCCAGCUGCCUUGUUACAUUCUGGGUCCAGGAGAGAGGUGAAGCAUUAAGUGGGCGAAGGAAGAGGUUGUUUGAUAUGACAUGAAGUGGGAGGAAGUAACUUUGCGGGGGGUGAUCAGCAGGGAUCCUGGUUUUCUCUGAUAAAAAAAAUCACAAAUUCUCUGACAAAAAAAUAUUGCAGAUUCUCUGAUAAAAACCCCAAAAUCCAUUAUUAAAAUUAAAAGCUCCCUGAAG